AUGUUUAAUGGAAACGCGUUAAACCUCCGCCUCGGAUUUCGGUCUGCAUUUUUGGUCUACCCGAGCGGUCUUGAUUAUACAACCAAUGACAUCCAGCUCGGUAUUAAUUCCUUAAGCCACCUCCCCACUCGAAUUCAAAUCUUCAACAGGAGUUACGCCACCAACUUGCCAAACUCCAUUAUCUCCUCCUUCCACACUAGGUCUACCGACACCGACAACAACUACAGUGCCAACUUCAACACCAACGACUACAACCUCACCAUACUCUACAACUACCUCAAGCUCAGGAGGUGGUUUUCCCGGCAAGACACCGACCCUUCAAGUAGCCACAUCAAGUUCAUCGAUAACACCAACACUAAUGAUUCCAAUCUGGACAACAACCUCACCUUACUCUACAACCCCAUCGAGCUCAGGAGGUGGUUUUCCCAGCAAGACACCGACCCUUCAAGUAGCCACAUCAAGCUCAUCAAUAACAUCAACACCAACGACUACAAUCUCGACUACAACCUCACCUUACUCUACAACCACAUCAAGCUCAUCAAUAACAUCAACUCCAACGACUACAAUCUCGACUACAACCUCACCUUACUCUACAACCACAUCAAGCUCAUCAAUAACAUCAACUCCAACGACUACAAUCUCGACUACAACCUCACCUUACUCUACAACCACAUCAAGUUCAUCAAUAACAUCAACACCAACGACUACAAUCUCGACUACAACCUCACCUUACACUACAACCACAUCAAGUUCAUCAAUAACAUCAACUCCAACGACUACAAUCUCGACUACAACCUCACCUUUCUCUACAACCACAUCAAGCUCAUCAAUAACAUCAACACCAACGACUACAAUCUCGACUACAACCUCAACUUUCUCUACAACCACAUCAAGUUCAUCAAUAACAUCAACACCAACGACUACAAUCUCGACUACAACCUCACCUUACUCUACAACCACAUCAAGCUCAUCAAGAACAUCAACACCAACGACUACAAUCUCGACUACAACCUCACCUUACUCAACAACCACAUCAAGCUCAUCAAUAACAUCAACACCAACGACUACAAUCUCGACUACAACCUCACCUUACUCAACAACCACAUCAAGCUCAUCAAUAACAUCAACACCAACGACUACAAUCUCGACUACAACCUCACCUUACUCAACAACCACAUCAAGCUCAUCAAUAACAUCAACACCAACGACUACAAUCUCGACGACAACCUCACCUUACUCUACAACCACAUCAAGUUCAUCAAUAACAUCAACACCAACGACUACAAUCUCGACUACAACCUCACCUUUCUCUACAACCACAUCAAGCUCAUCAAUAACAUCAAUACCAACGACUACAAUCUCGACUACAACCUCACCUUACUCUACAACCACAUCAAGCUCAUCAAUAACAUCAACACCAACGACUACAAUCUCGACUACAACCUCACCUUUCUCUACAACCACAUCAAGCUCAUCAAUAACAUCAACACCAACGACUACAAUCUCGACUACAACCUCACCUUUCUCUACAACCACAUCAAGCUCAUCAAUAACAUCAACACCAACGACUACAAUCUCGACUACAACUUCACCUUUCUCUACAACCACAUCAAGCUCAUCAAUAACAUCAACACCAACGACUACAAUCUCGACUACAACCUCACCUUUCUCUACAACCACAUCAAGCUCAUCAAUAACAUCAACACCAACGACUACAAUCUCGACUACAACUUCACCUUUCUCUACAACCACAUCAAGCUCAUCAAUAACAUCAACACCAACGACUACAAUCUCGACUACAACCUCACCUUACUCAACAACCACAUCAAGCUCAUCAAUAACACCAACACCAACGACUACAAUCUCGACGACAACCUCACCUUACUCUACAACCACAUCAAGUUCAUCAAUAACACCAACACCAACGACUACAAUCUCGACUACAACCUCACCUUACUCUACAACCACAUCAAGCUCAUCAAUAACACCAACACCAACGACUACAAUCUCGACUACAACCUCACCUUACUCUACAACCACAUCAAGUUCAUCAAUAACAUCAACACCAACGACUACAAUCUCGACUACAACCUCACCUUUCUCUACAACCACAUCAAGCUCAUCAAUAACAUCAACACCAACGACUACAAUCUCGACUACAACCUCACCUUUCUCUACAACCACAUCAAGCUCAUCAAUAACACCAACACCAACGACUACAAUCUCGACUACAACCUCACCUUACUCAACAACCACAUCAAGCUCAUCAAUAACAUCAACACCAACGACUACAAUCUCGACUACAACCUCACCUUACUCUACAACCACAUCAAGUUCAUCAAUAACACCAACACCAACGACUACAAUCUCGACUACAACCUCACCUUACUCUACAACCACAUCAAGCUCAUCAAUAACACCAACACCAACGACUACAAUCUCGACUACAACCUCACCUUACUCUACAACCACAUCAAGCUCAUCAAUAACACCAACACCAACGACUACAAUCUCGACUACAACCUCACCUUUCUCUACAACCACAUCAAGCUCAUCAAUAACAUCAACACCAACGACUACAAUCUCGACUACAACCUCACCUUUCUCUACAACCACAUCAAGCUCAUCAAUAACAUCAACACCAACGACUACAAUCUCGACUACAACCUCACCUUUCUCUACAACCACAUCAAGCUCAGGAGACGUGAUUAUCCGAGUUUCUGUUGGUUUGGCUGUACCUCUGGUCAUUGUCUCAGCCAUUCUCAUUUCACUGAUAAUAAUCUUGUGGAGAAAUGGAGUUAUUGCCCGCCUCUGCAAAUGUCAUUCUGGUGGAAACACAGACGUCGACGAAGCUGCAAAAAACAAUGCCAAUGGCCUCACUUCCGGUGCAAAUGUUGAAACAGACUUUGAAGACGUCUCUGGGUCGACUUUUGCCAAUCAUGCGUUUGUUGAUGACCAAAAUGCGAGUCUCCCCCAGAUUUCAGAUAUUGGUGACUUUUCCGACGUGAAUAUGCCAGACAUAAAGCCAACGGAUAAUCACAAUGACA